UCAGUCAUGACCCAGUUGUUUUAAGAGUUUGGAAACACACCCUAAUGAAAGAAUACAAACACCUAAUCGGUGCAAAAUAAAAAAAUAAAUAAAAGGACUACGGACCCAAAUAUCGACCAAGAAUCAUCCUAUUUUUGCUCGGACCACCUGAGAAUUUCCUUGAGAAAGGAUAUGUACAUCUCAUCAUCACUAACCGACAACUAAGCUAGCAGAUGAGAGUCCAAACCCCGUGACAAAAAUCGCUCUCCUCCGCACGAGCUCUCGCCCGUUAUCAAGGCCGCACCUGCGACCAACCUUUCACUUUUCUUUAAUUAAAUCAAUUAAAUCACCCCUUUAAUCCAAUUUCAGUGCACUAAUCCAUCAUGACAGCACGGAGGACAGCAACAUCCUAUGGAUAGUAUAGACCAGCAAAACAAGAACAAAAAGGGAAAAAAAUAAAAAAGGAAACUGCUAACGAGUUUUGUGAAGCAAACAAAGAGCAAGAAAAGCACGAGGCUGUCCGCUCUUUGUCCCCCUCUCACCCCUGCUCCCCUCCUGCUCUUGUGCUCUCUGUCCCCAUCCCACUGUCUCUAUAUAAACCCUCAACAAAUCUUCAAACUUCCCAGACUCCAGCAAAACAAAUACAAUGGAGAAAGGAUUUCCAUGGGGGAGGAGGAAGAGGGGGUAUUCAGUCACCCUGGAGGAGGUGAAAGAGGAGGAGGUAGCGAGAGUUCCGGCGAUCCCUCCGCCGCAGACGCCGAAGGAGCCGAUGGAGUUUCUGUCGAGGUCAUGGAGCGUUUCUGCGUCGGAGAUAUCGAAGGCGUUGCUGGCUGGAAAUAAGAAGAGGAAUUUCGUCGUCGAGCGAUUGCCCGAUAUCAUGAUCCCUGACGGUUUGAUGAUUUCUGCUGCUGCUGCUGUUUCUGCUGCUUCAUCUCAUCAGCCUCAGCGUCUUCAGCAGUCGGAGAGGUCCGAGAACACUCACCUUACGUCAAUCAGCAAGUGGUUUCACCACAGGGACGAUAGCAAGAGCAGAGUGAAGAAGAACAAAGAGAAGGUUCGCGCGGAGAAAGCUCGCAUCCAUGCUGCAGCAUCAGCAGGCACGGGCUCAGACAACGAGAACUCGAAGAUGAGUGCAGCCCUAGCCUCCGCCACCGAGCUCCUGGCCUCGCACUGCAUAGAGCUCGCAGAGCAGGCUGGAGCCGGGCAUGAGCAUGUUGCCUCUGUUGUCAAAUCUGCAGUCGAUGUUAGAACUCCAGGAGAUCUGAUGACUCUAACUGCAGCGGCAGCAACAGCAUUAAGAGGAGCCGCAGCACUGAAACUAAGAGUACAGAGAGAAUCGAGGAACAACGCUACCGUGAUUCCUUAUGAUAAAGGGAACUGCCGCAGCCCCGAUAUCUGGUGCAAAGAAGGCCAGCUUUUGAAUCGAUCGAGCAAAGGGACUUUGCAUUGGAAGAGAGUGUCAGUAUAUAUCAACAGGAAAUCACAGGUCAUAGCAAAGAUCAAGGGCAAACACAUCGGAGGAGCACUCUCAAAGAAGAAGAAGAGUGUUGUUUAUGAAGUGUAUGAUGAACUCCCAGCUCGGACAGGGCAAGUGGAGAAUCAAGCAACAGACCAAUGUUCUUUCGGGCUUAAAACAGGACAGGGUCUUCUUGAGUUUGAGUGUGAGAGCAAGAUGAACAAGCAGAAGUGGGUGGAUGGAGUAAAGAACCUGCUCCGGCAAGCGAAAAGUGAUGGUGACGCCGAUAGAAUAGAGCAGCCCAUGGAACUGCUGAAGAUUAAUUGAAGGGUUCUGUGUAUAAAUUUUGCUGACGAGAGGGGUUUGUGUGAGAAAUGGAGUAUGUAUACGUAUGAAGUAUGGUUUUGUUGCUAA